CAACUUACACACCAAAAUGGCCGCUCAAAACACUUCCAAUCUCGCUCGCAUCUCUCCGCCUCCGCCCCCGUCCCCAUCCCCGAACGGUCACACCGCAGUUAUCGUAAUCGUUUUCAUUUCCUUAGGCUCGUGUCUUUUGUUCUUCACAUUCGUCGCAGCUGCAUUCUUUUGUUGUUUCAUCAAAAAGAGAAACAAGAAACCAUGUCCACGCGACCAAGUUGCAGAGGUCAUCCAUGUCGAUGGACACAGGAAGGUCCAUGAAGAUGUCGCACAAGACGCCCACGGGCGGCAGGCUGUGAUGGUGACGAUUGAGGACGAUGUCCAUAUCGACGAAAUAGCGAAGAAGAAAGAACAUAGGCAUGGGUUUGGGUUGCAUGGGAAGCAUGAAGGAAGCAAUUCUAGCACAAUCCAAGUGCCACCAUCUUCUUCAACUUUGGAUUCUAAUGUUACCCAUCACCAAUCUUGAAAACAUCAUUCCUAAAAAUAAUAAUGUUGUAUUUAUAAUUACAACUUUAAAUUCUAUAAUUAUUUUUUACUG